AUGGAGAGGUGGUGGCCCUCAGCAGCUGUGGACCAUAGCCAGAAUCCACUUUUGCUGGACAAGGAUUUUGCUGAAAAAUCUCUUAAGGAUUCCAACAAUUAUCAAGACUUCAGGGUCCUCUCCAUAGAUGUACAACGAGCAUCAGCUCUAGGAGAAAACUUCAUGAGUGAAAUCUAUCGUAUGGCUGUGGAACUAGAGCAUAAAGUCAAGCAGCAUAAGGAAAUUGUGUCAUUAAUAGUAAAAUUAUUUCCAGGUGGAGAAGUUAUGCAGAAAAUAGCACAGGACAUGCAAGCCUUUGAGAGAGAGAUUCUCAUGUUCAGUGAGACCAUUCCUGCAAUGACACAGAUGUUGCAGAAAGCAGCCCCUGGUAAAUACACACAGUUAUCUGCAACAUUUUUCACCUCUGGGACUCAGCCAGUUAUCUAUGUAGUCCUCGAGGACUUGAAGGCCAGAGGCUUUGCAAUGGCAGAGAGGUGCAAGGGACUGGACUUGGCUCAUGCAAAACUUGUUGUCAGGAAACUGGCUGAGUUCCAUGCAUCUUCCAUUGCACUGUAUACACAGAACCCUGCAUCAAUGGACAAAUAUAAGAGUUUUCAAUUGUUUGAAGGAGAAACAGGUAAGCACACAGAGUCCUUCUUGAAACUAGGCUGCAAAGGUCUCGCAGAUCAGCUGGAGACAUUAGAGAAGUCAUACUCACAGUAUGCACCAAGAGUCCGAGCUCUCUCAGAAAACCUAUACCCACGUCUAGCAGAGAUGGCAAAACAGAAGGGAAAGUUUUGUGCCUUAGCUCAUGCGGAUACCUGGACCAACAACAUUAUGUUCAAAUACUCUGGUAGUGCCGUCCAAGAUGUGGUUCUACUCGACUUCCAGGUUUCUUGCUACUAUUCACCUUCAAUUGACUUACAUCAUUUUAUACACACUAGUAUUACAGAACAAGUGUAUGCUGAUCACUUAACAGACCUUUUGAAAGAGUACUAUAAUCGUUUAAUGGAAGUGAUGAAAGAUAUUGGUAUCAGCAGAGACAAACAGAUAUCCUAUGAGGAGGUGCUUGAAGACUUUGAGGCCCACAUGCUGUAUGGCUUGUACAUAGCAAUAACAGAGCUUCCAGUUGUACGCAGUGAAGGGGAAUCUGGUUUUGAUGUAGAGGCAUCUAUGAAAGGAACAUACACUGAUGAUAAUAGAAGUGCUUUUACAGGUGCUGUGUAUAUGCAAGCUAUAAAACAUAUGCUGCCAGAAUUUGAAAAGAGAGGUUUAUUGUGA